UCAAUCGUUAUUCAUUGGCACAUUGAUACGUGAGAUCACGAGAUUAUCAAAUGUUAAAUAAAAUGAUACGUAAGGGUGCAUGCCAAAUAGUCAGUUCGAUUCAUUCAAGUCCUCUUGCAGAGGUGCACGAUGUUCCAAUGAACAUAAUUAUCAGACCUUUUCCUGCCGAUGUGAACGAGGAAAAGGUCGAAAGUUUAAUGAAUGCGUUGAAAAACGUUGAAACUGAGGACACAGUACCGCCCAUCGACGUUUUAUGGAUCAAAGGAAGCGAAGGUGGCGACUAUUAUUACUCUUUCGGUGGUUGUCAUCGUUAUACUGCCCACCAACGAUUAGGUAAAGCAUCUAUUAAAGCCAAAAUAAUUCAAUCAACUUUAACAGAUUUACGAUGUUAUCUGGGAAAUUCUACUCCAGACUUGAAGUGAAUUGCAUGUAUAUGUGUAUAUACAUAUUUUUUUUACUGUUAUAUA